AUGGCUCCGACCGAAGCAUCCAUCCUGGAACAGUUCCUGCUGGCCCCCUCUCAACUGCCAACAAUCAUCUCCCUCGACGACUUCACCGCCUUGUUUCCUCGGACGCUGCAGUCCUCACCGCAGGUCCGCGCAUUGUAUCGCGAUCUGCAGCGCCAGCGCAGUGCCGUGGUUGAUGCCGUUGCAGCCGACAUUGACGACGAGGUCGCGAAGGGCCGGCUUCUGCGACGGUACGCCGUACGUGCACGCCUCCGCGCCGAGGCACAAGAAGAUGUGGCGGGCGACGACGAGCUGCAGAUUGAGCGCUUUGUAGCUUCGUCUGCACCAGAUGGCAGCGAUAGAAUCACAGCUGGUACUGAUGCUGGCACUGCGACAACCACUGGGGCAGGCGCGGCGGGAGGACGCGGCAGCGGCGGGCCUUCCUCCCACUCACUCACGUCCAUUGUGCCAGAGCUGGACGACGCCAUACGCGACCUCGAAGCGGAAAUUCAACAGCUCGAUGAAGAAGAGGCGCGUCUCAUGGCGGCCGUCCAGCAGUCGGUCGGCAACCUGAGUGAUCUACGAUAUGGACGUCUUUACAAUCCACAGUUGCCCGACGAAGUCAUCAAGGGUCUGCAGAACGUCCAAGCCACCUGUGAACAGAUGACCGCCGAGACCAGCACAAGUACAGUCUCGACCAACACCGCGGACCAACGACCAGCAACAUGA